AUGGACGGCGGUGGUGGUGGUUACGGGGCGUUUGCCGUCAAAAUCCCACCGGUGAUUGUUCACCAAAGAAACGAUCAUCAAGAGAUUCCCUUCCCUGAGAGCUUAUCGUUUCAUGGCGGCGCAAGCAGUACUAACAGCCUGUGGCUGAGUCAUCUCCCGAACGUAAACUUUCCCCACAGACUGGUGCCGGAAAAUGGCAGUAGUCCUCAAGAAACAAGAAGAGAGAAAGAACAUGAGCGCCGCUCCGCCUUCAUCAAGGGCCAGUGGACUGAAGAAGAGGAUAGGCUUCUGAUUAGGUUGGUGAACCAGUACGGAGAUAGACGAUGGAGUGUGAUCGCCACCAAUAUUGUCGGCCGUGCCGGAAAACAGUGCAGAGAAAGGUGGCAUAACCACCUUCGUCCUGAUAUAAUUAAGAAGGAAUGGUGGAGUGAGGAAGAAGAGAGGGUGUUGGUGGAAGUGCAUGAGCAGCUGGGAAACCGGUGGUCAGAGAACUCAAUUAAGAACCACUGGAACGCCACCAAGAGACGGCAGUUCUCCAAGAGGAGAAUGAGGUCGGCGUCGUUGCAGGAGGUCGGCGGGAGCAGGAAAUCGGUGGUUCUUCACAACUAUAUAAAGUAUAAGUACUUCAGUGGCCUCACCCUCGGCCCGCUCGUUCCAGUUCCAGAGCACCCUUCAAUCCAACAACAGGUUAACGUCCAUGAUUCUCCGUCCAUCUUGACGGAGACGUACGACGAGGAGAUGACCUUCUUGCAGAAACUGUUCGGCAACUCCUCCUCGUCGUCGCCGUCGACGGCGGCUAACAACAACAGCGCCGAAUUCGCCGCGUUUGGGCGGAGGACUAAUGAAGACAGCGUGGCGGAGGAGGAGGACAGCUGGAGCACCUAUCUAGCGUCCGAUCCAAACUUAUACGAAAUGGGCGGUGCUGAUCAAAUCAACUCAACUCCACAAGCUGCCGCCGCUAACAACACAAACUCCGGCGCCGCUUGUGUUCAUCAGCCGCCCUAA